CAGGAAGCCUGCCCAAUCGGCCCCAGCGCCACCGCGUCCUGACCCCCAGCGCCCCGACCCUGCACCCCGAUCCCUCCCGGCGCCCCGAUCCCGGCGCCCGCCUCCGCCAACUUUCACGCUGCCUCGGCGGCCCGGCCCGGUUCCACGCCAAUGGUGGAGGCCAUAGUGGAGUUUGACUACCAGGCCCAGCACGACGAUGAGCUGACCAUCAGCGUGGGUGAGAUCAUCACCAACAUCAGGAAGGAGGAUGGAGGCUGGUGGGAGGGACAGAUCAACGGCAGGAGAGGUUUGUUCCCUGACAACUUUGUAAGAGAAAUAAAGAAGGAGAUGAAGAAAGACCCUCUCUCCAGCAAAGCUCCAGAAAAGCCCAGGCACGACAUAGCCAGUGGAAAUGCUUUGCUGUCAUCUGAAACUAUUCUGAGAAGCAACAAGAGAGGUGAGCGACGGCGGCGCCGAUGCCAGGUUGCGUUCAGCUACCUACCCCAGAAUGACGACGAGCUUGAACUGAAAGUCGGUGACAUCAUAGAGGUGGUAGGAGAGGUGGAAGAAGGAUGGUGGGAAGGUGUUCUCAAUGGCAAGACGGGAAUGUUUCCUUCCAACUUCAUCAAGGAGUUGUCAGGGGAGUCGGAUGACCUUGGCAUGUCUCAAGAUGAGCAGCUAUCCAAAUCAAGAAAAACUACCUUUGAAGGGACAAUUCUGUACCGAGCUGCACCGGGAAAGACGGAGGGCCACAGACGUUAUUACAGUUUAAGGGAAACCACUGGCUCUGAGAGUGAUGGGGGUGACUCGAGCAGUACCAAGUCUGAAGGUGCCAACGGGACGCCCAUCACUGCAGCAAUCCAGCCCAAGAAAGUGAAGGGUGUGGGCUUUGGAGAUAUUUUCAAAGACAAGCCAAUAAAACUCAGACCACGCUCGAUUGAAGUAGAAAAUGACUUUCUACCCGUGGAAAAGACUGUUGGGAAGAAGUUACCUCCAACGACGCCAACUCCAGACCCACUGAAAUCAGACAUGGAUAGCAGGACCAAGACUAAGGACUACUGCAAAGUAAUAUUUCCAUAUGAGGCACAGAACGAUGAUGAAUUGACAAUCAAAGAAGGAGACAUAGUCACUCUCAUCAACAAGGAUUGCAUCGAUGUUGGCUGGUGGGAAGGAGAACUCAAUGGCCGAAGAGGAGUGUUUCCUGAUAACUUUGUCAAGUUGCUUCCGCCAGAUUUUGAAAAGGAGGGAACUAGACCCAGGAAGCCACCUCCGCCAUCCGCUCCUGUCAUCAAGCAAGGUGCAGGUACCACUGAGAGAAAACAUGAAAUUAAAAAGAUACCUCCUGAAAGACCAGAAACACUUCCCAACAGAACAGAAGAAAAAGAAAGACCAGAGAGAGAGCCAAAGCUUGAGCUCCCGAAGCCUUCUGUUCCUGCCAUCCCACCAAAAAAGCCACGGCCGCCCAAGACCAAUUCUCUCAGCAGACCAGGCGCACUGCCCCCCAGAAGACCUGAACGACCCGUGGGUCCCCUGACCCAUAACAGGGGUGAUGGUCCAAAGAUUGACUUGGUGAGCAGUUCGCUAGCCGGCAUCCUGGACAAGGAUCUCUCCGACCGCAGCAAUGAUAUUGACCUAGAGGGUUUUGACUCCGUGGUAUCAUCUACUGAGAAACUCAGUCACCCAACCACAAGCAGACCAAAAGCCACAGGGAGGCGACCUCCGUCCCAGUCCCUCACAUCUUCUUCCUUGUCGAGCCCUGAUAUCUUUGACUCCCCGAGUCCUGAAGAAGAUAAAGAAGAACACGUUUCACUUGCACACAGAGGAGUGGACGCAUCAAAGAAAACUUCAAAGACUGUUACCAUUUCCCAAGUGUCUGACAAUAAAACCGCACUGCCCCCCAAGCCAGGGAGCAUGGCAGCCAGCAGUGGGUCAGCCCCUCUGGUGGCAGCGGCACCCUCGCCACUGUCCUCUUUGGGAACAGCUGGACACAGAGCCAACUCCCCAUCUCUGUUCAAUGUGGAAGGAAAACCAAAGACAGAGCCUGCAACCAGUAACCAGGCAGCCUUGGAGGAGCUGAGGACACAGGUCCGCGAGCUCAGGAGUGUCAUCGAAACCAUGAAGGACCAGCAAAAGCGCGAGAUUAAGCAGUUACUGUCAGAAUUGGACGAAGAGAAGAAAAUCCGCCUUCGACUGCAGAUGGAAGUUAAUGACAUCAAGAAAGCUCUUCAAUCAAAGUGAAUACUUGAUAACUAAAUUUUGCAUUAUUCAUUCUGAGUCCAAGACUCAAAUUUUCUGCCCCAGCCAAAAUAACCGCGUGCCAAAAGAUUACAGGUUUGCCUCACGAUGUCCCUGUUUGAAAGAUUAGCACAAAAGUCUUGAUAGCACAACACAAAUUCCAUCCAAGAGGAGAAUCUUUCCCCAUGGUCUAGCCCUGGGUCUGGCACUGGUUGUGACUUAAAAAGAGCAAAUUGUGCUAAAGGCUUUUCUCCCAUGAGAUCUCAUGCGAAAUGAAAACUCAGGCAGUUUAGUCCAUAGUGGUACUAUUUUGAUGAUAUUUUCCAUUAAUAAAAUGUAAUUUCAGAUUAUUCGUUUACAAGCUUUAUAAUUUUAUGAUUUUUUAAUUGUAUUUUGUCACCAAAUCCCCCACUGUUUGUAUCAUACCUAAUCCGGAGCGAGUGCCCUGUUCUUUGCUUCAGGUGGAGAGCUGCCUCGCUGUGUGUCGUCCUCUUAAGAUUCUAUUCCAUAUGCAAUUGGAGGCCCAACCUGUCCUUGCCCCUGCCAGCCAACCCCACCACCCUAAUCAAUUUUAGCUCACCUGUGAUGGUGUGUUUUCAAAAAAAAAGAGGAAGAGAAAACCUGGUCUUUGCAAUGAACUGUGCCUUCUUUUUACCACCCUCUUGAUUGGAGCUUUUGUGAUGCAGCUACCAUGAUUCAGAAUCAAAACACAACACAAACAAAAAGAAUGAAUCCAUGUUAUUUUUAGUCACUUAGCUAAGUCCACUAGAGGCCACUGUCUUCAAAGCUUCUCGCACCAUGCCACAGCUGAGGAGACAUCUGUGAAGUCUGGUUUACUCAGUGGCACCAGCUGCGACUUUUUAAGUUCUAGUUUUUAGGUUGUUAAUGGAACUAGAAAAAUGUCACCCCUGCUUGAUUUUCAUCAGCCAAGUUCAACCCCCGCUUCCUGUCCUUUGCACCUUUUGCGUGAACAGAAUAUGCAUUAUUGAAUCAAAAAUAAAUAAA